GCCUCGCUGCUGGGGACAGACGCCCUGAGGCCUCGUGCUCGCUGCUGCAGAAACAGACCGGAGCAGAAGCCUCUCUUGUCCCUCUCAGGCCUCCCAGUCUCACGCAGGCCUGAGAGCCAAGAUGAGUAAACACCAGGACGAACGUCCUCACGAGCUCGAGAGUCAGUUCAUCCUGCGCCUGCCCCCAGAACAUGCUUCUGCUCUCCGGGAAAUCAUCCGUUCUGGCAGUGCCACCAUGAGAGAGAAACUAAAGAUCGACUUAUCUCCUGAUACCCGGCACGGCGUCGUUCAGGUGGAUAAUGUGUCGCUCUCGGCCAGGGUUGUUGAUUUGCCUUGUGUUAUCGGAAGCUUGAAAACUCAUGAUCGGAAGACCUUUUAUCAGACAGCGGAUAUUUCCCAGAUGCUUCUGUGCAGUGCCGACGGCGAUCCCCGCUCUUCUCCCGAAGAGCUCGUCCCUUCUGCUGGUGCUCCAGCAAUGGGAAACAAAGGGAAAACCGAGAAAAAAUGUAUUUGGAAGCAUGGCAUUACCCCACCGCUUAAGAAUGUCAGAAAGAAACGGUUUCGGAAGCCAGCAAGGAAGUUCCCUGAUAUGAAGCAGAGUGAAGAAGGUGGUAGUGGCGCCAUUGAUUCUAAAGACGUGGAAAAGGAAGUAAAGAGACUGCUCUGUUCAGAUGCUGAAGCUAUCAGCAGCCGAUGGGAAAUCGUUGAUGAUGAAAUCAAGACAGUCCAAAGUCAAACAAGUGUCUCAGGGCGUCCUGUCCCCACUGCAAUAGGUGGUCCUGUCUCAUCAGAAUGUGCGGUAUCUCAGAACACAUUCCAUGAGUCUAGCUGUCACGAUGAUGAUCAAGAAGAGAAGGAUGAAGAUGAAGAGGAGGAGGAAGGUGAGGAGGAGGAGGAAGAGGAAGAUGAUUAUGAAGAGGAUCUGGAAAGGGAGCUACAAGCCAAGUUUAUUGAGUUUAGCUUGUGCAAAGCUAAGGAAGGCCAUAGUUCAAUAAUUUUGGGAAUUCAGAAGCUGAUUCAUCACAAGGAGAAGAAACUCCAAGAGAUUCAGGGCAAAGCACAAAGACAGAAAGAUCUUCUCAGAAAAUUGGAAAACCUGACCCUCAAGAGUCAUUUCCAGUCUGUGCUAGGACAGCUCAAGUUGCAGAAGAAGCAGAAGCUUGAGCAGAUCAUUUUCCUGCAGGAACAACUGAAAUAUUUUUUGAAGAAGUAAGAAGACCCUGACUCUAUCAUCUAGACUGAAGACUUGGUGAAACUGUAUAUUUCCCUCAAGUUACCUUAUCUUGAAUUAACAGGUUUUUUUCCCUUUAAACAGUUUGCUAAUUGUAGUGAUUCAAGAACACACUCAUAUAGAAAAGGGCAGUAUAAAAAUUUGAUAACUGAAAGGAUCCCAAUUGAUUAUGGGGCUUUACUUCUCGGUUAGUUUGAGAACUCAAUGUAUUCUCUGGUAUGAUUCUCUCAGAUCAUUUAGCUGUGCUUAACAAAGAGAGAUAGUCUAGCUUAUUAGGCCCUACAGCUAGUUUGCAUAUGUUUAAACUAUUCAAAUGUUUGCUACAACAUAGAAAGAAAUUUCUAGGUAUGGUGGCCCAUACCUGUAAUCUCAGCACUUGAGAAGUUGAGGUCUAAUGAUUCAUAAAUUCAAGGCCAACCUGGGCUACAUAGCAGCUUCCAGGACACACUGGUUUAUAUAGAUCUGUCUUAAAACAAAGAACACUAGAUUCUGUUGAAGUAAAGACUACUUUCCUGCUCAGGGAAUUUGUGUGUGGUACAACUGAUUAGUGUGCAGUUGCAACAUAGGUGUUAACAUUAUUCUAAGUUUGUCUACCCUAACUUUACUAGAAAAGAUUAGGAAAAGCCAGAUACCUGUAAUGUCUAUGAAGACUUCCUUACCAAUUCUGGGCUGCUUAUCAGUGUUGUUUUAGAACUCAGUAUGU